AUGAGCUUCCACUAUGCUGAUGCUCUCGAGGAACAUGACUGGGUUGGCGGAGGACUCGACGCUUAUAUCUACCGCGUCACUCCAACUAUUGUGGUGAGAAUUGUUCUUCGCGACCGAAUCCCUGAAGAAAAGGCAGCGGAGCAUCCUUUCCUCAAGGAGAUCUCGUUUUUCAAACGUCUUAAUGGGUGCCGUGAUCGAUGUCCGAAUAUUAUUGAAUGUUUUCUCAUGCUCCCGGACUACCUUUUCCUAUCAUAUUGCACGCAUCAGGCAAUCGCCCCUCGCUUCUAUGAACGCCAGGAGCGAGAGACAGGAACAAAUGGCUUUCAUGGGCGUCUUAUCAGGGUCAAUGAAUACGAGGAUCCUGCUCUCAUCGCUCGGUGGAUACAACAACUCACUUCUGCUCUUGAGUAUGUGGAGAAAGUGGGCUUUUGUCACAAUGAUCUGCAUGCGAGCAACUGUCUUCUUGACAGAAACUUCAACUUGAAGCUGACUGAUUCUGGUCGUGCCACCACCAUUGGACAGCCACUUGAAGGUACCUUACCUCCACGAGCCAGACCAAUACUUGCUGGACCAUUGAAAGGCACAUACGGGCUCUGUUCCGCCAGAACUGAACAGUUUGCGGUUGGGACACUUCUAUACUUUAUGGUAUAUGGCCAUGAACCCUAUGACGACAUUAUCCUCAGCGCCGAAGAAUGGGAUCGCCGAUUUUGGGAAAUGGAGUUUCCAGAACUUAACCGCAAUGAAGUUUUUGAUGGUCUUAUUUCUGCUUGUUGGCACAAUGUCUAUCCUACAAUGGCCUUGCUAGCGUACGACUUCAAGCGCAAGACAAAGAAUAUGAUCUCGAAUGCAGAGUACAUCUUCGUUGAUUCUGCAAAGGAGACAAAGACCUGUGAAGCAUUGGUUCGCAAAGGCUUGCUGGGACCUGAGUUGGCUCUCCGCUUUCAGCCUGCCUGGCGAAGAUACCUACAUGCUAUUGUGCAGAGAGGCAUGUUUAUUUGGCAAUGCUUUCUACAGAAAAGAUUCUGGAUCUGGUCUUGA